CCCACCCCUGCCCCAGAAGGGCUAUGCAGUGCACCCUCAGGCUGGUGCUGACUGCCUGGUCUUUGUCAUCCUCUGUGCAGGGCUGCAGCCUCCCUUAGACCAGGAGCGCCCAGGCUGCCUGACCCUACAUGCCACAGCCCCCCUGAUCUGCAACCAGGACCAGCUGCUGUCAGCCGUCCCACUCCCACCCAGCCCUUUCACCUCCAGCCAUGGCGCCCCUGCUCAGCCUGUUCCUGGUGGCCCUGGUGGGCCUACCUCUGGCCCAGGCUCUGGACUGCCACGUCUGUGCCUACAACGGAGAGAACUGCUUCAACCCCAUGCGCUGCCCAGCAAUGGUCUCCUACUGCAUGACCACACGCACCUACUACACCCCGUACAGGAUGAAGGUGAGCAAGUCCUGUGUCCCCCGCUGUUUUGAGACCGUCUACGACGGCUACUCCAAGCACGCCUCCACCACCGUCUGCUGUCAGUAUGACCUCUGCAACGGUGCUGGCCUCGCAGCCCCCGCCGCCCUGGCUCUGGCCCCGGCACUCCUGGUCACCCUCUGGGGUCUGCUCUAACGCCUUGGGCGUGCCACCCCCUAGCAGACCACUCGUGGACAAAGCUCUCAACAGGCACUGCCCUGCCCUCACCCUGCACACCCUGCUGACCUUCUACCCUCCCCAGACCCCCUAGGCCACACCCAGGACCCAGGCCUGUCUGCCAGGCCUGUCUGCCGGAGCAGUCGGGACUGCCCCCAAGCACCGCAUCUUUCCUUUCCAAAGCGGAUCAUUUGGGACUGGACCACGAAAAAGUUUCUGGUCUCAUGGGAGA